AUGAUUUCAAACAUCUUUAAAAACAUUGCUUUGAAAACCACCAAGCAAGGCUUCUCCAACAUGCCCAUGUUCAUGUUUAGCAAUCUUAAAACACUUGAAUAUAUCAAGUACGAAGUCUAGGAAAACCAAGUUGCCUUAGUUACAUUAAACAGACCUAAAGCUUUGAAUGCUUUAUGCGAUGGUUUGAUUAAUGAAUUGAAUUCCACUCUCGAAUAAUUAAAUAAAGACCCCAAGGUUGGUGCUAUUGUAAUUACUGGUAGUGAAAAAGCAUUCGCUGCUGGUGCUGAUAUUAAAGAAAUGAAGGACAAGACUUUCCCUUACACUUACAGCGUUAAUAUGCUUGCUAGUUGGGAUAAUUUGACCACCAUUAAAAAGCCCAUCAUUGCUGCAGUAAACGGUUAUGCUCUUGGUGGUGGCUGCGAAUUAGCUAUGAUGUGUGAUAUUAUCGUCGCUGGUACUUCUGCUAAGUUUGGUCAACCCGAAAUUCUUAUUGGAACUAUUCCUGGUUGUGGUGGUACUCAAAGAUUGACAAGAGCUAUUGGUAAAUCAAAAGCUAUGGAAUUAGUUUUAACUGGAGAUUAAAUCGAUGCUCACACUGCUGAAAAACACGGCUUAGUCUCUAAGGUUGUUGAACCUACCGAAACUGUUAACGAAGCUGUUAAAAUUGCUGCUAAGAUUGCCUCUCUCUCUCAACCUAUUGUAGCCAUGGCUAAGGAAGCUGUCAACUAGGCUCACAAUCUUCCCUUAAAGGACGGUCUUCAAUAUGAAAAGAGACUUUUCCAUUCCACCUUCGCCACACAAGACAGAAAGGAAGGUAUGACCGCUUUUGCUGAAAAAAGAAAGCCUCAAUGGAAAAACGAAUGA